CACAUGCACGACAAAACGCAGUAUUUCUUUGAAUAAGUGGGGGGAUAUUCAGACCGGCUGUGAAUAGUUCAGUUGUUUACCGGCAGUUACGAAGUGUGCGUGUUAUACUUUUGCGAUCUGUUGCUGCUAAAUUACGCAAUAUUUCGAAAUUAAAAAUGGAUGAUAGUAGUCUAGUGCUAGUUAGUGACGCAUCUGAUGGUUCGAGAAAAAGAAAACGAACUAUGUCUAAACGAGAAAGGGCAAAAAAUGCGAUACAUGAAUCAUAUGCCUAAUGCUGAAGAUUUUGAAGUGAAGUGCAAGCAUUUAAAAACUGCACUCCAGUGUCAUGAAGUUUCUACAGAGGAUGUAAAACGUGUUAGAGAGUUUGUGUAUAGACAACCAGUAAAAACGAUAAUAGAUAAUAAAAUAGCCCACUUGAUUGAAGUUAAGCAUCCUAAAAGGAAAAAAAGUGAAGAAACAUUGACAAAUAAAGGCCAAGCAAUUAGGCUGGAUUAUUUUUUAAGAAAUAUUAACUCUGACAGGCUGUUAGUGUGUCAAAAGACGUUUUUGGCUGCUUUGAAGAUCUCACAACGGAACAUCCUUACUAUCGGAAAAAAGAAGGCAGAAGGGCAGAUAAUUGAGAGAAGGGGAGGUGAUCGGAGAAGCAAAAAAUACGAGGAGCAGAAAAACAGUGUUAAAAAAUUCAUUGGGAAUUUACAUGCAAGUGAAAGUCAUUACAAUCAAGUCUUCUACAGAACAGACAACGAUACAAAGUAUCAGAACUACUUGAAACGAGGUGCGGAAUUAGAAAAUUACCAACCUAAGCAAAUUGAACUGCGCAAUAGCAUUAAAAAAAUUAAGCUUGAAAACGUUGAAACCCUAUUAAAAAAGUAUCAAGAAGACUGGGAAGAUAAUGGAACCUUCGCUUGGUACAAGAACCUACUAAAUGAAAGAAGACAUCCAACAGGAGACGAGGAAGAAACAUGCCCGGAAUCCGACGAUGUAGAUCCAGAGUUGUGUGAUUGUGCUGAGGAAGACAUUGGCUUGAAAAUAUAA